AUGCCGUCGUCGCGUUUCGACCCGGGCAAGCUGUUCAUCCGCACGCGCUUCAACUACGAAAAGGUGCCCGGCGCCGACAACAACAGAGGCGACGAGCCGCUGCCGCUCUUCAACGCAAAGUCAUGGGGCCACAAGGUCCGCCAGCCCGCCUGGGCUAACCGCCUCCAGCGUCCGCGCAUGUCUUUUGCGCGGCUCAUCACCCUCGCCGUCACAAUUGUCGUGCUGGUGUCCAUGCUCGCCACGGGCAUCUACCGGAGACACAAGUGGCACCAGCAAUUACGGCACGGCGAGGCUGCGAAGCAGUACCACUGGGAGCACUAUCCUCGAUUAAAUGGCUUUUUCAACGGCGUCCGCACGCUCGUCCCGUACGGCGACUGGGUGUCCGAGCAGGACUACGUCAAGUACUCGCAGAGCCCCAACCCCGAGGACAACAUCAAGCCCAAGUGGCCCGCCAUGUCCAAGGACAACAAGGAGCCGCCCAUGGACCCCCAGGUGUUCGACCCCUACAAGUUCGACUCGCCCGAGUACCUGAAGAUGCACGACAAGGUCGAGACCUGCUACCUCGAUGAGGAGGAGACGGUCGACCUGCCCGACAUCUAUGCCUACCCCGGACUCCCCCAGAACAUGACUGCCCCCUUCUUCGGAUCCUACGAGGAGCUCGGCAUGGACGACAAGAAGUGCUUCGACCGCUUUGGUCGCUUCGGCCCCUACGGCUACUCGUACUCCCGCGACGAGGGCGGUCUCGACAUGGCCGGCAAGUCGGAGAAGGCCGGUGCCGACAAGAUCUGGAGCUACGAGAAGAAGGUCGACUGGCGCAAGGUCAGCUGGGCCCAGGCUCAGAAGAAGUGCCACGAGAAGAACAAGCACCGCUUCGACAAGAACGCCACCACGUCCGAUGAUGAGCCUGCAAAGAAGAAGCUCCCCCGCCACGCUUACAUUCUCCGCACAUGGACCGGCUACAAGUACAGCGACUACCAGAUCCUCACCAUCCGUGCCAUGAUCAACGAGCUGGCACUCAAGUCUGGCGGCCAGUACGACGUUCACUUCCUCCUUCACGUCAAGGACGACAGCCUGCCAAUCUGGUCUUCCGAGGAAGUCUACCAGAAGGUCAUCGAGGACAACCUUCCCAAGGAGUUUUGGGGCAUGGCCACACUUUGGUCAGAGCAGCAGAUGCGCAUGUACUACCCCGAGCCCUUCCCCAACAACGUCUACAACCACGCAAAGGCCCCUGUUCACUCUGUCUACCGCAGCGCACAUUUCGCUCUUCAAUGGUUUUCGCAGGCUCGCCCCGAAUACGACUUUUACUGGAACUGGGAAAUGGAUCUCCGUCUCACCGGUAACUACUUCGAGUUCCACAACUCCAUCGGCGAGUGGGCCAAGAAGCAGCCACGCAAGGGUCUGUGGGAGCGUUCGUCGCGUUACUACAUUCCCGAGCUGCACGGCUCGUGGAAGAACUUCACCGAGAUGGUCGAGGAGGAGCUGUACAACAGCGACGAGAAGCCGGUCUGGGGCCCGCCCAAGUUCGAGAAUACGGGCAUGCUUCCCAGCCCACCUGAAGUGCAACCACCGCACUCGUACCUCCAGGACAACUACGAAUGGGGUGUUGGCGAGGAGGCUGAUAUCAUCACUUUCAACCCGAUUUUCGACCCUGCGAAGACGAACUGGGUUUUCCGCGACGAUGUGACCGGCUACGACCUCGAGCUCCCUGAGCCUCCACGACGAUGCGCUAUCAUCACCGUCUCACGACUUUCGAAGAGGUUGCUUGACCUAAUGCAUCGCGAGACCUACCUAAUGAAGCACCACAUGUUCCCUGAAAUGUGGCCUCCCACGGUCGCAUUCCACCAUGGACUGAAGGCCGUUUAUGCCGCGCACCCUGUCCACUUUGACCACAACUGGCCAUUGGAGGCCAUCGACAACACCUUUAACAAACCACCGAAACCAACCGACAGCGUCUUCGGAUGGGGUGAACACAAUCAGCUGGGCAGCAGCUUUUACUACAACGCUGCGUUUGGUUCCGAAUGGUGGCGCCGCUGGUUGGGCUCCCGCGAAAAUGACAAGGGUGGCCCGGCAGCGGAAGAAGCCGGCACCGGCCGUCUUUGCAUGCGCUCGACAUUAUUCCACCCUGUGAAAUACGAAAAGGGCUCGGAUUGA